CGACACUAAGGACUAAAUCCAACGGCUGAGAUUUCUCAAUUUCCCAUCAAAAGCUUUUUAGGGUUUGGUGAAAAAUUCCAUAUAUAUAUAAACAGCGAAUCCUCAAAGUAGUCUUUCCUCUUUGCAGUUUUUUAUUUUCAUUUUGCAUUUUGAGCUUUCUCUCUGAUAAGGUCACUUCCUCCGAGUUCCGACCCUUUUAUCAGAGGCUCGCUCAACGUUGCAAACCCUCGCCGUCUUUUCAUUUUCCUUCCCGAUUCCGGAAAAAAGAUUCAAUUUUGAUUUUCCGGCGUCGAGAAAUUUUAUUUAUCUAACAAACAUCUGCUUUUGAUUUGGGUUGUGUUGUUCCUGAUUGAGCUAAUUCGGAGAAAAUCUAGCGUAAUUUCUUGAAAAUGGCUCAGGUUCAGCAUCAGGGACAAAAUGCCAACGGCGGAGUGGUGGUUUCCGGUGCCGCGGCGGCGGCUGCGGCUGGAGCGGCUGCGGCGGGGGCCGGGGCGGCGCAGCAAGGGACGACGUCGCUGUAUGUCGGAGAUCUCGACCAGACCGUGACGGAUUCGCAGCUGUUUGAGGCGUUUAGCCAAUCGGGCCAGGUGGUCUCUGUUCGUGUCUGCAGAGACAUGACGACUCGGAGAUCUCUGGGCUAUGGAUACGUUAACUACGCCACUCCUCAAGAUGCAUCCAGGGCACUUAAUGAGCUGAAUUUCAUGGCUCUUAAUGGAAGGGCUAUUAGGGUUAUGUACUCUGUUCGUGAUCCAAGCCUCCGUAAGAGCGGAGUUGGUAACAUCUUUAUUAAGAAUCUUGACAGAUCAAUCGAUCACAAAGCACUCCAUGAGACAUUCUCUGCCUUUGGUCCCAUUCUCUCUUGCAAAGUGGCUGUUGAUCCCUCUGGCCAGUCGAAAGGCUAUGGGUUUGUGCAGUACGACACUGAAGAAGCAGCUCAGAGAGCCAUCGAGCAGUUGAAUGGAAUGCUGCUUAAUGACAAGCAAGUGUAUGUUGGACCCUUUGUUCACAAGCAGCAGAGAGAUCCUUCGGCUGAGAAGGUGAGGUUCAACAAUGUCUAUGUCAAGAACCUCUCCGAGUCCAUGACUGAUGAAGAGCUGAACAAAGUUUUUGGAGAGUUUGGAUCGACCACUAGCUGCGUGAUCAUGAGAGAUGGUGAAGGCAAGUCUAAAGGCUUUGGAUUUGUCAACUUUGAGAAUUCGGAAGAUGCUGCCAAAGCUGUUGAGGCUCUAAAUGGAAAGACCUUUGACGACAAGGAGUGGUUUGUUGGGAAAGCCCAAAAGAAGUCUGAGAGGGAAACGGAGCUCAAACAAAAGUUUGAGCAAAGUUUGAAGGAGGCUGCUGACAAGUCUCAGGGCUCGAACUUGUACGUUAAGAACUUGGAUGAGAGCGUCACAGAUGAGAAGCUCAGAGAGCACUUCGCUCCCUUUGGAACUAUCACCUCAUGCAAGGUGAUGCGUGACCCUAGUGGAGUGAGUAGAGGAUCUGGAUUUGUCGCAUUUUCAACUCCCGAGGAAGCAUCCAAAGCUAUUGCUGAGAUGAAUGGAAAGAUGAUUGUAACAAAGCCGCUCUAUGUCGCUCUUGCACAGCGGAAAGAAGACCGCAAAGCUAGGUUACAGGCUCAGUUCUCACAGAUGAGGCCACUUAAUAUGCCACCACCUGCCGUUGGUCCAAGAAUGCCAAUGUAUCCACCACCAGGUGGUCAACCAAUGGGUCAACAACUCUUUUAUGGCCAAGGACCUCCUGCUAUGAUUCCUCCUCAGGCUGGAUUCGGCUUUCAACAACAGCUUGGACCUGGUAUGCGACCUGGUGGGUCCCCAAUGCCAAACUUCUUCAUGCCGAUGAUGCAACAAGGCCAGCAGCAGCAGCAGCGACCUGGUGGUGGUAGAAGAGGAGGAGCUCUUCCGCAACCACAGCAACCUUCUCCUAUGAUGCAGCCGCAGCAGAUGCAUCCAAGAGGUAGAAUGUAUCGGUACCCACAGAGAGAUGUGAACGCAAUGCCUGGUCUUACUCCAAACAUGCAUUCUGUCCCAUAUGACGUGUCUGGUGGUGCUGCUGCUGUGCAUCUUCGUGAUUCAUCUGCUUCUCAACCUGUUCCUAUUGGAGCUUUGGCUACAUCACUCGCCAAUGCAACUCCAGAGCAUCAGAGAACGAUGCUUGGUGAGAAUCUGUACCCGCUUGUGGAGCAGCUCGAGCCUGAGUCAGCCGCUAAAGUGACGGGAAUGCUUCUCGAGAUGGACCAAACCGAAGUACUUCACUUGCUGGAAUCUCCUGAUGCGCUCAAAGCUAAAGUUGCAGAGGCGAUGGAUGUUCUGAGGAGUGUAGCUCAGCAGCAGCAAGCCGGUGGAGCAGCAGCUGAUCAGUUGGCUUCUCUGUCUCUUGGAGACAACAGCGUUCCUUGAGUUCUAAGUUAUACCUGAAAGACCUCAGUUUAUAUUCUCUUUUUUUUAGUGUCCUUUUGGAGUUGUUCUUGAAAGUUUUGGAUUUUGAGUUUUUGUUUUUGCCUUUUCGUACUGUCUUUUUGAUCUUUAUACUUUGGGAAGUUUUGGAUCGUUUCUCUCACCUUUUUUUUUUUUUUAUCUAUACAAUUCUCAUUGGAUAGGUCUUUUUUUAAUCUUGUUUGGCUUGUGUUAGGAGUUUUAUGCUUGUUCAUUCAGCAUAAAACGUUUGGUUUAAAGCGUUUGAUGAUCAAAGCAACAACAAAAUGCAGCAUGAAACAUUUUGUUUUUUCAGAUGUUAUCCCAUUUACAAGAAGAGGAGUUGAAGGAGAUUCAGAUGGAGAAACCACUGACCUUUAUAGGCACGGGUUAUUGGCUUUAUACCUUCAUCAUUUCGACAUGUUAUAUUUAGAAAACACUAUAAUUUACAACAAAAAUAAUAUACUUCUAUUGAAAGGGUUUUUUGUUUUAAAACAUUACUUCUAUUGAACCUUUGAAACCAUUCGAC